AUUGGGGAGAGUGGAAAGAGCACUAGACAACUAGAGAAGACUGUCGCUCUUUUAAAGAAAGUUGUAGAAAGGGUCCAGUCUGAAAAUGAACAAUUAAAGAAAGCACCUGGUGUUGUCAGUAAUGAAAGACUUCAAAAUCUACAGAUGGAGAAUGAAGGACUUAAAUCUCAACUGGACGAAUUGCGACAGAAGAUUGGAGCCACGCUGAGUGAGAGAUACACCAGUCAACAGAAAGGCACAGCUAAAAUGAUGAACGAUUAUGAGAAAAUGAGGAAAGAUCUCAUGAAGGAAAUGGAUAGCAAUGAAAAACUUCGUGCUCAGAUAACUUCCCUGGAGAUCAAGAUCGAGCAACAGAAAGGCAGGAUGGCAGAGUCUAGGACAAGACUCCAGAUUGAGGAAGGGAAGACUGAGGAUGGACAAGGGGCUGAUGGGAAGGGAUGGAAAUCAGCUGUUGUUACACGCAUGUAUGAAGAUAGACUGAAAUCAUUGGAGGUAGAGGUUGAUAAAAAGACGAAACUUUUGUCAGAAACCAAGACAUUGUUGAAAGAAGCUGCUGUCCGGGAACAAAGGUUAAUGGCGGAGAAAGAUCAGCUUUUAAAGAAGGUUGCUGUUCUUGAGAAGAUACCUCCAGGAAGCUCUGGUAUGUCAGAUAUAGAUGUUGCCAGGGACUACCAACAAGCCAGGUUGACUAUAGACAGAUUAGAGAAUGAGAAGAAGGAACUUUCAUUUGAACUUACAAUGGCUAGAAGACAAGCUGGUGCUGGGAAUAUAAGUGAGGAAAUCUUUACGAAGGCAAAUAACUACGACAAAGUGAUGACAGAGAAUAUAGAAUUAGGACUUGAACUGAAAACUAUCCGCCUUGAAAGAGACAAAACAAAACUGGAAGUAGACAGAUUAAGAAAAGAGCUGGGCACAUUUGGACCAGACUUCUUUGAAGAAAUAGAAGAUUUGAAGUUUAACUAUAAACAAUCAGUAGAGAAAAAUAUACUUUAUGAAGAGAAAUUAAAACAAGUUAGCGAGCAGUUUGGAAUUACAAUACCCGGAGUUAGAUAAAGAGGGUUGAUUGUUUUAUUAGAUGUAAUGUGCUAAAUUAUAGUGAUAAUAUUUUAUUCAUUGUAUUGCUAAAAAGAAAUGAUAUAUGCUCAUGGUUUGAAGAAAAGAAUGUACGAGUAGAAAUUGAUUUGAUUUGUAGUGUUCUUCCGUAGAUGCUCCUAAAAAGUUUCAAGUGUGAAAUAUGAAUAUGUUUUUAACACUUAUCAAUAUCUAUAUGUUAGACUAGAUAAAUGGUCAAUAUGUAAAAUAAAACACAUUCUUGCUUAAGAAAAAUCUAAAUUAAUACAGUAACUGUUAGUUUGCAAAUUUAAUUCAGAAUUUUCCUUUUGACUUCAUUAAGGUAUGAAAUUACUGCAUAUUGAUAAUUUCAAAUAUUUCAAGGAGCUACAUAUUUGAAGAGGAGCAGUCGCUGAAGCGUUUUAAAAAAAACUUGUUCUGUGAUACAUAAUGCUUCACAUGACUAUGAAUGUAAACUAUAAACUAGCCAACAUUAUUUUAUAUAGGUUUUGAUUAAUGCAUAUAAGAUAUGGCAUGGUAUGGUGAAUGCUCAUGAUCUAAUUCCUAAAGAAAUAUAUGUUGGUCAUGAAAGUACACACAGUUGUCUUUAGGCUUAUUUGUACACUAAAUUUAUUCUUCCUUUUCUUGCUAGAAUCCAAGGACACUAACUUUUGUAUUGUAAUUAUUUCAGCUAUGAAAAUGUUUUAUUUAGCUUAGUUUAAUAGGAAUUUGUUUAUUUUUUAUAAUAAAACCAUAUACAUGCGCUUAGUUAAAAUUCAAACAUGUUAUGUUUAGAAACUAUUUAUCUAAAACUAAGAUGGCAUAAGUGAAGCUACAUUUUGUACUACAUGGUUGACUACAAAUCUCAAAAACGAUUUUUGAGUCCUAUUUACCUUAAUUAUUUUGUUACUUGCACUUCUAAAGACAGCUAAAAAAAUGCAUAUUGACACGUUAGUGCAGUAACGGUUUAACUCCUGUUAAAUUAGAUAAUACCUUAACCCGUUACUGCACUAAGGUGUCACUGCACUAAGGUGUCGAUAUCUGAAUUGCCAGUCCAUAUUAUUCAAUAUUCUGUUUUAUGAGUACUAAACAUUAUGAGUUUGAAAUCCCUCAGUCUGCUAUAAUGGACUGGCUCAUAUGUAAGAUGAGGGUUAUUCCAUUUUAUAAAUGUAGCAGUCCUAGUAUGAAAUGACGGUACUGAUACAACAAAAUCGUCUGUAUUUAGAUUGAAUCUUACUUUACAUUCCAUUGACCGGAAUCAGGAUAUACUCGUAUGGAUGUAGCUAUUUUCACAUUCACAUAUUAUUUAUGUCUCAGAGUAAUUUGAUACUUUUUUCUGUGAUACUUGUCCGUCCUGGAUUACAUUUACAUUCUUUUUUUUGUAUUUAUUUGAAAGUUAUUUACAUGAAUUACAAGAAUGUAUAAUUAUGUAUGUAAUGAUGACAAUAAAAUAGUUUAGAAGA